AAUUAUUAUGGAUUAAAACCACUGGAAUUAGAAGUCAUCUGUUUAAGAAUUUGGAAUUGAUAAAAAUGUAUAAUAACAAAUACCACCACCUCAAGCACAAUUAAUUAGAAGAGUCUCUAAACGUAAUAUUGCUAUCAAACCAACGCAGGAAAGUGGUUUAGCACAAAUUUUUGAAACCUUCCAUCCUGAACAAAAAAAUCAAACGUUAGAUAACAUCAAAUUCAUCAUUAAAUGUUUUUAAGGUCAUUUUGUAUUUAGCUCAAUGACUGAAACAUAAUUGUAAAUGUUUAUAUACUAACUAAAGGACUCAAUUAGCACAUAGCAUGUUUUACUGUAAAUUAGCAGUCGGUCAAACUAUCAUUCGAUAAGGAGAUGGUGCCAGUUCAUUUUUCAUUUUGGAAAAAGGAAAAAUAAAUGUUUUGGUAGAUAAUGUACCACGUAAAGAGAUACAUGCAGGAUAAGGAUUUGGUGAAUUAGCAUUAUUGUACAAUGCACCAAGAUCUGCUACUUGUAUGGCUGUUGAAGAAUGCUACUUAUGGGGAAUUGACAGACAUACAUUUAGAAAAAGUGUUGAAACUAUUAUGAGAAGCGAGUAGGAAAAGAAUCGUAAAUAUUUGGAAAGUGUUAAAUUCUUUAGUAAUUAUCAACAUAAAUAUAAUUAUAGAUUAAUUAACACAAGAAUAGAAAGAUGCAGUAGCUGGAGUAUUGAUAUCUUAAAAAUUUAAUGCCGGUGAAGUUAUUGUAAAUGAAGGUGAUUAAGCUAGCUCUUUUUACAUAAUUGUAGAAGGACAAUGUGGAGUUUUUAAUAAGGAUGGAUAAUAAAUAUCAGUUUUGAAUCCUAGUGAUUCAUUUGGUGAGUCAGCUCUUAAGCACGAGAAUUAGGUGAGAAUGAUGACAAUAAAAGCAGUUUAAAAGGAUACAAAAGUGUUAGCUUUGGGAAAAGAUAUGAUUUAAUAGAUUUUGGGAGAUUAGGUGUAAUCAAUAAUAUAUAAAAACAUUUGUAAAUGGGCUAUAAAUUCAUCGAAAUUAUUUAGCAAGAGUCCAUAGAGUUAUUAAGAUAAAUUAUUGGAAGGAAUGCAAGUGAGAAAAUUAUCAGGAAAUUAAAAAAUAAUAUAGAAGGGAGAUAAAGUUGGUUAAUUAGUAAUAUUGCUUGAUAGUGAUGCAAUUGAUGAAAACAAAGUAAAGUUUGUGAAGGGAUCAAUUUUAUUUGAAGAUUCUUUGUAAGAUAAAUUAAGUGGUACUACUCACAUAAAGACAGUUUAAAUAGAAGCAGAAGGACAUGUAGCAAUAAUUGAUUAUGAAUUAUUCAGAAAGUAAUAAGGAAGUGUGGAAAAAAUAUAAUAAGGAAAAGCAUAACAAUAAGAAAAAUCUAAUGCUCACGAAGAAUAAAUAAAGAGUUAAGGAUUUAAGAAUUUAAUAUAUUUAAAUAAAUUGGGUUCAGGUUAAUUUGGAUCUGUUUAUUUGUGUAAGUUUAAGGAGAUAGAGACUUUAUUUGCAUUGAAAUAUGUAACAAGAGCACAUGUAUAAUAAUUUGGGAUUUAGAAACAUAUUUAAUAAGAGAAGGCUGUAUUGGAGUUGAUGGAUAAUCCAUUUAUUCUUAAAUUUUAUAGAUCUUAUAAGGAUAAUGAGAAUAUAUAUUUUUUAACAGAGUAUAUCGCAGGGAUGGAACUAUUUGAUGCAAUAAGAGUGAUAGGUAAAUGAAUAUUGUAUAUAAUAGGAUUAUUGAGUAAAUACGAUGCUUAAUUUUAUGCAUCUCAAAUGAUACUAUAAAUGGAAUAUUUACAUACUUAACAUAGUAUAGUGUAUAGAGAUAUAAAGCCAGAAAAUGUAAUGGUUGAUGAUAAAGGAUAUUUGAAAUUAAUAGAUAUGGGAACAGCCAAGUCAUUUAAAAACUAAUGUAUGAAUGAAUAUAAUUGUAGAAUCUUCAAAGACAUUUACAAUAAUAGGUACUCCACAUUAUAUGGCACCAGAAGUGAUAUCAGGAAAAGGUUAUGGCUAUUUUGCUGAUUUAUGGAGUGUUGGAGUUUGUGUAUAUGAAUUUAUAUGUGGUGGUUUACCAUUUGGAGAAGAAGCAGAAGAUCCAUUUGAAAUAUAUAAAGAGAUUAUAAAGAAACCAAUAAGUUAUCCUCAUUUUAUGUCUGAUAAAUCUGCAAAACCUUUUAUUGAAUAAUUAAUGAAUAAGAUACCAGAAGUUAGAUUAGGUGGAUCAUAUACAACUUUAAAAUCUCAUACUUGGUUUAAAGACUUUGAUUGGGUAAUAUCAAUUAACAAUAUUAUUCUAGGAGAAAUUAAUGACUAAGAGUUUAAAAGCACCAUUGUUACCAGGAAAAGAUAAAGUCAUGACUCCUGCAUAAAUAUAGAGUGCCUAAUCAAGAGCUGUCACUGUUCAUGAUUAAAUACAGAAAGACACUUAAGGAUAGAAGAAAGUAUUUGCAACUGCUAAAGAUGCUGAAUGGGAUAGUGCCUUUUGAAUAAGUUGAUAAUAAUAGAUAUCAUGGUU